AUGCUGGACUUUUUCCUUGGCAAUAAGGGCCUCGCGGAAGGCAAGUUCUCCGCGAUUCAUGGCCGGCAAGAAGCUUCCCGGAAAUGGGAAGAGCUAGCGAUGUUGCUAAAUAGCUCAAAUGGUGCCGAAAAAUCUGCAGCUCAGUGGCAAGUAGUUUGGCGCGAUUUGAAAAGCCGGACUUCCGUCAAGGCAAGAGAGCGCAGGAAGCAAAUGGCGGCAACAGGAAAUGCUCCAAUGUUAACAGCUCCGCUUUCUGAUUUAGAUCAGAAAGUUUUGAGCUUACUUGGUACAGAAUAUGUGGAAGGGAGUAGCCAAUGUGUGGAAAGUAUUCCGGAGGAAGAUAGUCUGCAAAUUUCUCUUGAGAACGGAGACGCAUCCGUGCUGGUUGAUUACCCUGUGGUUUCAAUAGCAGAAGCAGCUCCUAUUCCCGUCGAGGCUACUCAAUCGACAGGAACCAAAAAUGCUUCGACGUCCAGGCGAACUUCGACUUUGAAGCGAAAGUCCGUAAUGGAAAGUACACGGGAGAUUUUCGCUAAAGUAGCAAAGCAGCAGGCAGAUGCUAUGAUGAUGCAGACUGAAGCCGCCAAAGUGCAAGCUGAGUCAGCAAAACAGCACGUUGAAGCCAUGCUUCUACAAGCCCAGGCCUAUGUGCGCGUAGCAAACGCCUUGGAAGAUUUAACAAGUUCUGUUAAGCUGCUGGUUAAUAAUACUGUUCUCGAAUUUUGA